CAUUUCAUUUCUCCUCCCAUCUUCCCUACCAAGAAAACCCACCAAAACCCUAAAGAAACCCAAUCUCUCUCUCUCUCUCUCUCUCUCUCUCUCUCUCUCUCUCCGAAUCCUCUUCCGAAAAUCUCCAAAAUGAGUAUUCUCCAAUAUCCAGAUGCCAUUUCCUCCCCAAAUGUCCAAAUGUACAACAAUGCCACUUUUGAUGAUGUUGACGCCUCUGACGAAUACGCCAUUAAAGCUUCUUGGGAACCUCUGCAGUACCUCUCGAUCGCCGGAUCUGAUCCUCUCGAAUCCGAUUCCAGCAAGGAAAAUCGGACCCCCGCCUUCUGCCGAUCGCCCGUCGUGACGAAAUCCCAGCCGCCCAACAAGCGGAACUCGCAGGGGAAGCCGUUGAAGCUCCUCUUUAAAGAGGGCCUCCUCAGCCCUCCUCCAACGAUGACUGAUUCCAAGAAGAUCGACGCCGAGAUUGAAGAGAUCGAGAGGGAGAUCGGACGGCUGUCGUCGAGAUUGGAAGCGCUACGGAUCGAGAAGGGGGGCAAAGAUUCGAAGACGGUCGAUCGGCGCCAGAGCAUCGGACGGAUCGUCCCAGCCAAAUUCAUGGAGCCGAAACAGAACUCGAAGAUCGCCGCAAAGAAGAUCGAAGAAUCUCCGGCUACAAUCCGCCGAAGAGGCGUCAGUCUCGGGCCGUCGGAGAUAGCCAAGGAAGUCAGAUUCCGGCAAGCCGAGCCAAAACAGAGCUCCAAGAUCGCCGCAAAGAAGAUCGAAGAAUCUCCGGCGACAAUCCGCAAGAGGGGUGUCAGUCUCGGUCCGUCAGAGAUCGCCACCGCCGUCAGAUUCCGGCCUGAAACCACCCCCCUUCACCAGAAUCGCCGGAAAUCUUGCUUCUUUAAGCUUCCAGAGAUAGAAGAAGAAAAGAACGUGAACAGAGAAAGGGGGAGGAGUCUUAGCUUAAGCCCGAAAUCUCGACCGUCCGUUAAAAAGAACGCUGAUCCAAGACGUGGAAUCUCGACCGUCGGAUCAAAGAAGCCAGUCAAGAGAGACGAGGAAAAGAUGCUGACGUAUCUCAAGCCCAAGAACCUCUUCAACGGCGAAGGAGAGAACACGUGUACGUCCAAGAAAGCGUCUAAGAACUCGCGCGUCGUACCGAGCCGUUACGGUCAGAUUCCAGAAAACGACAAGAAGAGGACGACACGUGCGCUUUCGUCGUCGUCCGUGCGGGAUCCCACACGUGCUGCUCGUGCGAAGCGGAAAUGGGAAAAACCCGAGGAGGGAGAGAAGGGAAGUUCGACGGAGGAAUCUCCGACGUCGAUCUUAAAAGAGAUGGGAGAAUUGCUUCCGAAGAUCACAACCGUCCGAUGCGAGAGCUUGAGUCCUCGGGAUUCGGGACCAGCUAAGAGGGUCGCAGAUUUGGUCGGGAGGAAGUCGUAUUUUGAUCCGGAUGACGUGGCGGACGUGGCAGCGUCGGUUUGUACGGUAUUGGGGUUCGAGGAAGAAUGAUACCCAUUUCUUUUACUAUUUCAGUACCUUUUUCUGCUUUUGGUAGAAAGAAGUUUGUGUUGGUACUUUUCGGAUACUAAAGUUGGAAGAAAGGGGUGAGUCAUAAAAAGAGAAGGGUGUAAAUAUUAGUUUUUUUUUUUUUUUUUUUGCUAAUUUUUUUUAACUGAAGUGAGUCAGGGUACCGUGUCCGGUGAGCGAGUCGUAAGGCUUGAAUCGGAGGUAAGCUUUCUUUUGCUACCUCUCUGAAAUGA